AUGAACCAUAAAACCAAUUCCUACGGUUUACACUGGUGCAUUGUGGGUAUUGAAGUCUCGCGGUGUCACGUUAGGAAUCCAGCAUGGCAGGGAAACAGAAAAGAAAACUAGAAGACCUCAGUGUGGAUGAGUUCCUGCUGUCAGGCUUUGACUCUGCAGAUGAAGAGGAAAAUGAAGAGGAGACUCCCAAACAGAAUGGACUCAACAAGAAGAAAGAUCUGAGCUCUGCAGCUUCAGAGAAUGAUGAAAAGAAGAAAGGUCAGGCCUCUGAGCACAAGGAUCAGCUGUCCAGGUUAAAGAACAAAGACCCAGAGUUCUACAAGUUCCUGCAGGAGAACGACAAAACGCUUCUCAACUUCGACGACACGGACAGCUCUGACGAUGAGGAUGAGAAAAAGUACCAUAGAUUGCCAACUUCACUGAAGGAGGCAUACUCUGAUGAGGACGAUGAAGAUCUCGAGGACGGCCAGAAAGGUUCGAAGAAAUCUAAGAAGGAUGAGGCCACCAAAGUCACAGAGAAGAUGAUUGAAGACUGGAAAGCUGCGAUGAAGAAGGAGCCCACGGUUCGUCUCUUCAGAGAGGUCACUCAGGCCUUUAAGGCCGCUGUAGCUACUACAAAGGGUGAAGGGGGGGGUCCGUGUCGAUACAAAGUUGCAGACAGCUCAGUGUUCAACACAUUGGUCCUGUUCUGUAUCAGAGACAUUUAUGUGGCCCUGCAGAGGAUGCUCAACCUGAAGCCAAAUAAAGACCAGAAAAGGCUAGUGCUUCCAUCCUCCAGUCCUAAGUGGCAGAAGAAUCACAUUGACAUCAAGAUGUACGUCAGUGGAGUAGUUCAGCUGUUAUCCUGUCUAACAGAGGCCACAGUCAUCAGCGCUGUCCUGCGGCACGCCAACCAGCUCGUGCCUUAUUACCUUUGCCUACCCAAACAGUGUCGCCACCUGGUUAAGCAACUGCUGAAGCAGUGGAGCACAGGGGAGGAAACAAACCGAGUUCUCGCUUUCCUGGCCCUCAACAAAAUCUGCAGACACAAGCAGGAGAUGUAUCUGAACCCCAUUCUCAAGCAAAUGUACAUUUCCUACGUACAGAACUGCAAGUUCACAUCUCCCAAUGCGCUGCCCAUGAUCAACUUCAUGCAACGCACUCUGACAGAGAUGUACUCCCUGGACACACAGGCUUCCUACCAGCAUGCCUUCAUUUACAUUCGACAGCUGGCCAUCCACCUCCGAAACGCCAUGACCAUGAAGAAAAAGGAAACAUACCAGUCAGUGUAUAACUGGCAGUUUAUCCACUGUCUGUACCUCUGGUGUCGUGUGCUCGGCACCCUGCACCCCAGUGAUGUCCUCCAGCCUCUCAUCUAUCCACUCUGCCAGGUCAUAAUUGGAACCAUCAAAUUGGUGCCCUCCUCAAAGUAUUACCCUCUGAGGAUGCACUGUUGCAGAGCCCUCACGCUGCUGUCGAGCAGCACCAACACAUUUGUACCUGUGCUGCCUUUCCUCCUGGAGAUCUUCCAACAAGUCGAAUUUAACAAGAAGCCCGGACGAAUGAGCAAGAAACCCAUCAACUUUGCAGUCAUCCUGAAGCUGAACAAAGUCAACCUGGUGGAGAAAGCCUACAAGGACGGACUGAUUGACCAGCUGUAUGACCUGAUACUGGAAUAUUUCCACACUCAAGCUUGCACCAUUGGCUUCCCAGAACUCGCCCUCCCCACCGUCAUUCAGCUGAAAGCGUUCCUGAAGGAAUGCAAAGUGGCCAAUUACUGCAAGCCGGUGCGCCAGCUACUGGAGAAGGUACAGGAGAACAGCAGCCACAUCACAGGACGGAGACAGAAGACCGCCUUCGGAGUGGCCGAUGCUACCGCUGUGGCGGCCUGGGAGAAGAAGGUCCAGGAGGAGGGGACUCCUCUCAGCAGGUACUACAGCCAGUGGAAGAAGCUGAGGGAGAAGGAAAUCCAGCUAGAAAUCUCUGGCAAAGACAGGAUGGAGGAUCUGGACCUCCCUGAGAUCAAACGUAAGAAGAUUUCGGACAAAAAAGUAGAGGACAAGAAAGAGUUCAAGGAUCUGUUUCAGUCUGACAGCGAAUCAGAUGGAGAUGAAGUACGGUUCCAAAUUAAAGGUAAAAAGGGCAGGCGUGGGUCAGAUGAUGAUGAGGAUCUUAAAGACUUGUAUGACAUGAGCGAUGAAGAAGGAAUGGAGGGAGGAGACUUGGAUGAUGACGGUGAAGGGGAUGAAGAGGAAUAUAAGGCUCCUCAGCCACUGUCCUCCUCCGCUCUGAUAAAGCUGGCAGAGGGAGACGAGGAUGUGGUGGAGGACCUGGAGCUGUCUGAUGAAGACUGAGGUUCACUGCUGCUCACAUGAGAGACUUUCUACUCCCUCCACUUUACCAGCCAUCUAUUCUCACUGUAUUCCUGAACCUCUGCUAUUUUCUUUGCUUUUUAUUACUUGUACAGUGCAAAUGUGUUUGCGAUGUAAUUGGAUUAAGCAUUGAAAUUCUAUUAAAAAGACAAAAUCCCCACUUGA